AUGGUAAAAAUUGGUAUUAAUGGUUUUGGAAGAUUGGGAAGACAGUUACUGAAAGUAGUUAUAAACAAAUAUAAGCAAAAAACUGUAGCCGACCUGCCUAGGUUAGUAAUGAUAAAUGAUGCUGAAUUACCAACAAAAUGUGUGGGAUAUCUGAUAAGAAAUGAUACCUACUACGGAAAAUUCGCAGGUGACAUAGUUGAAAUGGACGAUUCUAUAUCUGUAGAUGGUCUAAGGAUCGAGAUAUCCAGAGAACCCAACCCAGAGAAAAUACAAUGGAGUAAGAAUGGUGUGGAGUACAUCAUAGAUACCACUGGGAAAAACACUACCUGCAACUUAGCUUCGAAAUUUCUGAGAGCAGGAGUCAAAAGAGUAAUAGUUACGGGAUGUUCCAACGUCCCCAUGUUCAUCGUAGGAGUCAACCACGCGUGUUUCACGAAAGAAAUGAAGUCCAUCUCCGCCGCCACACCUAGCAUGAACUGCCUUGCGGUUAUGAUGAAAGUUCUACACGAAAACUUCGAGAUAGAGGAAGCUAUGGCUACGGCUUUCCACCCUCUGAACAGCUCCGACAAAAUCCUGGACGAUCCCGGCCCAUCCAACUGCAGGUCCAGUAGAUCGGCCAUCAUGAGUUUCUCACCGACUGACGCCACCACCAAGAAGGAGGUCGUCGACAAGAUUAUGCCCGAACUGGAGGGAAAGACGGAAUCUGCCGCCAUCAAGAUACCAGUGGCUUGCGUAGGUGGCAUCGAUCUAACAGUUAAGUUUAAAAAGAAUGCCCCUGCGGAAAUGAUAAGAUGUAAGCUGAAAGACGCUUCAGACGGGCCCAUGAAAGAAGUACUGGGGUACUCCGACGAAGAAUUGGUCAGUUCGGACCUUAUUGGCAAUUCCAAAUCGUGUGUUAUCGAUUCCAAAUCCGCAGUUAAUUGUUCGAAAUGCACCGCGAAGAUUUUCGCAUGGUACGACGCUGAACACGCAUUCGCUAGCAGACUGUUCGACUUGGCCAAAUACAUUUCCUCCCGCGAAGACUGUGCGAAAUAA